AUGGCUCAAACAGCGCUUGCUCUCCUCGUUCUGACCUUGGCCGCGCUCGUCGCCCGGGCUUCAACUACCUCGGGUACAAUGCCGGAACAAGUGCAUCUCUCAAUUGGAGAAAGUGCUUCGACAAUGGUGGUUACUUGGGUCACAGAAAGUGAGACACCACAAUCCGCGGUCAUGUACGGCACCCAGCGCAACGCAGAGGAUAUCGUCAUAUAUGGAUCCCAAGAGAAAUUUGUGGACGGUGGAUCAGAGCAACGAGCAAUCUUUAUUCAUCGUGUGACUUUGAACAAUCUGCGGACGGGAACGAUCUAUUAUUACAAAUGUGGCAGUGCCGAUAACUGGUCUUCCACGUUCCAAUUUCGUGUCCUACCGGAUCAUGCCAACUGGUCACCACGACUAGCGGUAUUCGGCGAUCUUGGGGUAGAAAAUGCCAAAUCGUUGCCCGAGUUGAAACGUGAGGUACUCGAGUUUGACAGCUUUGAUGCCAUUCUUCAUGUCGGAGAUUUCGCGUACAAUAUGGAUAAUGACAAUGGUCGAUGCGGAGAUCAAUUCAUGCGUCAAAUUGAACCGAUCGCUUCUCGUCUCCCCUACAUGACAGCAGUAGGAAAUCAUGAACUUGCCUACAAUUUCUCCAACUAUCGAGCCCGAUUUAGUAUGCCUGGUGGAGAUGGUCAAGGACAGUUUUACAGCUUCAACCUCGGUCCAGCUCAUAUAAUUGCUUUCUCCACGGAAUUCUAUUAUUACGUGUAUUACGGAUGGCAACAGUUGUAUAAUCAGUUCGAAUGGCUAAAAAAUGAUUUGCAAGAAGCCAAUAGACCGGAAAAUCGCCGUGUUCGUCCAUGGAUCAUCGCGAUGGCUCAUCGUCCAAUGUACUGUUCGAACGAGAACGACCAGAUGCACUGCAGUAAUCUGCUGAACACCAUCCGGGUCGGUUUCCCGGACAGUCGAAACGGUUCGAGCAAAUUCUAUUUAGGCCUCGAGAAGCUGUUCUACGAUGCCGGAGUGGAUAUCAUUAUUGCUGCACACGAGCACUCUUACGAACGAUUCUGGCCGGUUUACAAUUUGACAGUGAGUCUAUGUGUGUAUGUGUGUGUGUAA